GGAAAGUUCUUAUUCCGUCCGUGUAGAUGACGUUUCGGUUUCGUAGAACCCUACGCUACAGCGCCGCUGCGGCAGGCGUUGUCGGACUGAGCACGGCCGCCAUCGUCCUCCCGCCGAAAGAGUCGAUCCCAACCGCCCUCCUACCGUCGCGGGUGCUCUUCGAGGGCAUCGGCCGCGUGGGGCGCUGCGUAUACACAGGCGGCCAAAUCUACUGCGACUACGUCUUCCACGUGCGUCAGCAGGACUCGCAGGAGACGUGGAACGAGGUGCACCGCCGCUGCGCUGGGCGGCUCGUGACGCUGGCGGAAACGAAUGGCGGGCUGUACGUCAAGGCAGGGCAGAUCUUCGCCAACAUGAGCCACAUCCUCCCGUAUCAGUACUGCCAGGUCAUGGCGGUGCUGCAGGAUGCGGUGGUGUCGCGGCCAUUCUCGGAGGUCGUCGCGGUGCUCGAGAGAGACCUCGGCCGCCCGCUGUCGGAGGUCUUCGCGUACGUCGAUGCGACCCCGCUCGCGGCCGCCUCGCUGGCGCAGGUCCACCGCGGCCGUCUGCGCCAAGAGGACGAGGAGGUCGCCAUCAAAGUGCAGUACAUCGACAUCGCCCAGCGCUUCAACGGGGACAUGCGUACCAUCAGCAUCAUGUUCGCCGUCGCAAGCUACUUCUUUCCGGGGUACGACUUUGGCCAGAUCAUCACGAAGCUGAACGACACCGUCGCGGCGGAGCUAGACUUUCGGCUAGAGGGCCGCAACAGCGAUCGCGCGGCGGCAGACCUGCGCGCAAACGGCUGGGGCAACCGCGUGGUGUGCCCGAAGAUCUUCUGGGACUACGCUGGCAAGCGCAUCCUCGUGUCGAAGUUCGUGAAGGACGCGGUGAAGAUAUCCGACCGCGCUGGCAUUCAGAAGAUGGGCCUCAACGUGCGGGAAGUCGCGACACUCUUCUUUGAUGUGAUAGCCUUUCAAAUUUUCAGGUCGGGCUUCUUCCACGGCGACCCACACGCGGGCAACAUCCUUGUGCAGAAGCUGCCGGACGGCUCGCCGCAGGUGGUGCUGCUCGACUUCGGACUCUGCGCCGCGCUGAGCAAAGCCCAAAGGCGCGAGAUCAGCGACAUCUGGACGUCGGCAGUUACGCACAACACGCCGAAGAUAACGGAGAUCGCCCACCGCUACCACUGCGACGACUAUGACCUCUUCGCCUCGUGCUUCCUGCAGCACCCCUACGAGUACUUCGCGAAGAGCAAAGGGCGCGUGACGAACGCGAAGGAGCUGGAGAGCAUGCGGUCCACCGUGAAGGAGCGCAUGUCGGAACUCAACAGCAUCGUCGCCGCGCUGCCGAAGGAGUACGCGCUGGUGUUGCGGAGUAUCAUGGCCACAAAGGCAAUCAACCGCGAACUGGGCGACGCGGCGAACCGCCCCAUGCGGAUGUUGCGCUACUCCCUGAAGACCUCGCACGAGGACCUGCCGAAGAUUCAGCUGAUGAUGUUGAUGACCAAGGCGUGGUUCGAGGAGAUGUACUCCACGUUGAUGCUGAAGCUGGCACUGUGGCGCCACCCGGAGCUGUCCGAAGUCUUCGACAGCACGUCACUGCAGCUGAGCGGUUAA